UGCAUCCAUUUUAUUAGACAACACCUAUACUAAAUCCAUAAUGAAAAAAAUGAGCCCUCUGUUGGUUUCUAUAAUUUUCAAAAGCGCGAGUGUGGUGGGUAGCACUCUACUAUUACAGUAGGAGAUAGGCGUUGUGAGCGAAAAAUCAAACAUGGGUGGCACUGGCACCGUUGUUUCUCACUUCCUCAAUCUAUCAUCAUCUUCUUCUUCUUAUUCUCCACGCUUGCUUGCUCCUUCACUGUCGUGUGCUGCUUCAACCCUCCUUCAUUCUCGCUUCUCACUCCCUUCUAUUCGCUCUUGCACUUCCUCUGCCACCGCCGCACCUUCUACUUCUUCAGACCCGAUCACUCCUCCAACCCCUCUCAAGAAAAGGGUAGUCUCGGGAGUGCAGCCAACUGGGUCAAUUCACCUUGGAAACUAUUUUGGAGCCAUCAAGAAUUGGGUUGCACUUCAGAAUACAUAUGAUACACUUUUCUUCAUUGUAGACCUCCACGCGAUUACAUUACCUUAUGAAGCACAACAAUUAUCUAAGGCUUCAAGGUCAACUGCAGCUAUUUAUCUGGCAUGUGGAGUGGAUCCUUCUAAGGCUUCUGUUUUUGUACAGUCUCAUGUUCGGGCACAUGUAGAAUUGAUGUGGUUGCUAAGUUCUGCAACACCAAUUGGUUGGCUGAACAAAAUGAUACAGUUCAAAGAGAAAUCUCGCAAGGCGGGUGAUGAAGAAGUUGGAGUUGCCCUUUUGACUUAUCCUGUUCUGAUGGCUUCUGAUAUACUUCUAUAUCAGUCUGAUUUUGUCCCUGUUGGUGAAGAUCAAAAGCAGCACUUGGAGUUGACUCGUGACUUAGCAGAACGGGUUAAUUACUUAUAUGGAGGAAGAAAGUGGAAAAAAUUAGGAGGGUAGGGAACUAUUUUAAAAUUGGAUAUAAGAACCAUCUAUACAAAGGUUCCGGAGCCCCUUAUACCUCCAGCUGGAGCCCGAAUUAUGUCCCUAACAGAUGGCCUUUCUAAGAUGUCAAAGUCUGCACCUUCUGAUCAAUCGAGAAUCAAUUUGCUUGAUCCUAAAGAUCUUAUAGCAAACAAGAUCAAACGUUGCAAAACUGAUGCAUUUCCAGGAUUGGAGUUUGAUAAUCCUGAGAGGCCAGAAUGUAACAAUCUUCUUUCCAUAUACCAGCUCAUUUCGGGAAAGACAAAAGAGGAAGUUGUUCAGGAGUGCCAAAACAUGAACUGGGGCACAUUCAAAACUCUCUUAACAGAUGCCUUGAUUGAUCAUUUGCAUCCAAUUCAGGUUCGCUAUGAUGAAAUCAUGUCCGAAUCGGGUUACUUAGAUGAAGUUUUAGCAGAAGGUGCUAGAAAUGCAUCAGAAAUAGCAGAUGCCACUGUCAAUAAUGUUUACCAAGCAAUGGGAUUUUUGGGGAGAAGGUGAUAAUUGAUGCUCAGCAAAAACAUAAAAAAAAAUUACAGAGAGACUGGCAUGACAGCAACUUAAAUAGCUUACUUUUUGAUGAUUCACGAUUGGCUUCAAAAUUUUGGAGUAAUGUUAUGAGAAUAUAUACCUGACUACUAGAAUUGGAAAAAAGAUGACUGGAUGCAAAGCCUUAAAGAUCCUCGUAUUCUUUGCAUUCUCAGUGAAUUCUGUUGUUACAUUCAUUGCAUUACUAUUUCAUUUUCUUCCAAUCCCUUCCAUUAUUUAUUUGUGUUGUGUAAUCAUUUCACAAAUUAAUAAAUGGUUUUGCUAUUGUAUUGGAUGGAGACUUUUGGCUUAGUCACCUUAAUUCCGU